CGAUCGCAAAACUCUCCGCAGACACCCCCGAAGCUGGGUAUCCAUGCCAAUUCAUCCUUUGCGCGACAUACAGAGAUUUGAAGGAUGCUGCCCACGCCGGACACGUCGCAUGUCGACUACGAUCAGAUCUAUGAACCCGCCGAAGACUCGUAUCUCCUCCUCGAUACCCUAUCCUCGUCCACCGAGACAUCUUUCCUACACUCGCACUUCCGAUCUGGUCAUGCUCCACUAGUCGUCGAGGUCGGCACUGGCAGUGGUGUCGUUCUCGCAUUCCUUGCUGCAAACAGCAAAACCAUCUUCGAUCGCUCUAUCUGCACGCUAGGCACAGAUCUCAACAGAAGGGCUUGUGUUGCUGCAUCCACGACUGUGCAGAAGGCUUGCGACAAACAAGAUGCGCCCUUCUUGACUGUCGCCAAUGCGGACCUCACUUCUGCUCUGAAAGAUGGCGAGGUGGAUGUUUUGGUGUUCAACCCACCUUAUGUCCCUGCCGAGUUGCCAGAUCUGAGCUUGCAUGCCCGAUACAAUACUGCUGAUGGACUGUCUUCGAGUGAGGCUUUCGAUCGUGACUCGCAUUUGCUUGCUCUGAGCUAUGCUGGUGGUGUAGAUGGUAUGGAGGUCACAGAUCGUCUGCUCGAUGAGGUGCCGCGUGUCUUGAGUCAACGGGGCGUUGCAUAUGUCCUUUUCUGCGCCCAGAACAAGCCCGAAGAUAUCAAGAGCAGGAUAAGACAAUGGCCUGGCGGCUGGGAAGCAGAGACUGUCGGAAGCUCGGGCAAAAAGGCUGGAUGGGAAAAGUUGUGCAUCGUCAGACUCAUGAGAAAAGGAGCAGACUGAAGAGAAGAAGAAGGAAGUCAAAGAUUGGAAAACAUCUACACAUCCUGCUAUCCCGGACCUUGCCCAAAAACGCGGCUUUGAUACCCAGCAUCGAUCCUGUUCUAGAUUGACAGGUUGGCACACGCAAACGCAGGCCGAGUGCUGCCGGCAUAAUCAUCAAUGAUGGCCUCGACAGCAGCAUACAAGCCAGGUCCCAAGAGGAACAAUCCGCAGAUCAUGACAAACACAUGAACAACAGUCAUGACGCUUCUCGAAGCACUGCUGAACAGCUUCCCACUGUACAUCUGCC